AUGAUCCAGGUGCAGGAGGCCGUUCACGGUGUGACGCUGGAGGAGUGCCAAGCCGCCCUCCAGAACCACAACUGGAAUGUCCAGAAAGCUGUGCAAUAUCUAAAGGUAGAGCAGCUGUUCUGCUUGGGCCUGAGGAGCCGGGCGGAGUGCGCCAAGCUGCUGGAGAUGUGCGACUGGAACCUGGAGAAGGCAAGCACCCACAUGUUGGACAACUACGGCUCCACAGCACGCCAGAGGUAUUUAAAAUGCUCGCUGAGCAGCAAGCGGAGCCCCGGCGGUGACGGAAAAUCUGGAGCCGCCGAGCUCCGACUGGAACUUCAUCCUCAGCGAGACGCCAUCAGAGCACGCACCUUCCCCCUCGCCCUCCAAUCAGAGUAA